UACUGUACCUUUAAACAGGUGAAACCAGGGUGUGGUUUGGUAUCGCAAAGUUUCCGGAAUAACGUGCUUCGGUAAAUAACUAAUGGAGAACUGUAGACAGCACCACCGACAUGUAAAAUGUGCGAAUGUGUGUAUGUAGUAUAGCCUGGUGUGGCGGUUUUAUUUGAUAAUGGGCAUACGACGAAUGCAACUUGUGUAUUGAGUAUAGAGCGCUAGUAGACCUGUCCGACAGGCUGGAAGAGCGACUCUUUGUUUAAUACUCUCGAUAUGUAGGGAAGCGAUCAUGAGGGUUGUUAUCGCUGCGGUUUUCCUUCAACUUAUUUUGUAUGUUUCGGGUGAACACACCAACGGUGAGUCUCUUGCAAUUGUUGGACGGUGCCUUAUCCUGCACAAUGGAAGUAUCGCUGUCAACGGACUUAUUCCGGUUAAUGGUAGCUACCUGUGCAAGGCCACGUCUCAAGACAACCCAACUCAGGCAAGUGUUGAACUGCAUGUUAUUGUGCUGAGAAGACAGCCCCUCCGUCCAACGCCCUUCAGUGAGGAGGGCUCCCUGGCUGGGGUGUGUGUCAUCUUGGAGAACGGAAGUAUUUCUCUGCAUGGGGUUUUCCUGGAUGGUGUGGGGAGCUACAGCUGCCUCACCACCUCCCCAAACAACAUGAUCCAAACUGUUUCUUUACAGGUUCUUGGUGCCGAGGAAAGGUUGUCUGUGUCCAUUGUUCCCACGUUCCCUCUCCCCAACGGCACGCUGGUGGCGUACCGCGGCCUCAACGUGUCCUUCAACUGCUCCAGCUCAUCCGCCCCGCCCUCUCGGACUCUGUCCUGGGGCCACUGGGGGGCCGGCCCCAGCAAUGCAACGCUGGCGUCAGGCCGUGGGGCUUGGCUGGGCCUCCGCAUCCCGGACAUCCAGCCAGGUGACCAGGGGGAGUACUGGUGUGAAUCCCGGAGCAACCUGACCUCCCGCAGAACCAACUGCAGCACCAAGCUCCUCGUCUACUACGCCCCGGCGCAGCACCCUGACUGUAUGUGGGAGCUGGGCCCGGACCCCUCUGAGGUCCAGUUCAACUGCACCUGGCCCGGGGCGUACCCCACGCCCAUGCUACGCUGGGUGGAGAUCCACGACGGGCCGGACACCCAGGCCAAAGACCACCUCUACGUCUCCGACCAGGCCGACAGCCUGGUGGUCAGCCUGAACAGGACCGGGCUGUUCAACGGCCAGACACUAAAGUGCAUCGCAGAGCACCCCGCACUACAGCAGGAAGAACACAAGUCCUGUCUCCUGAAUCUCAAGCUUCCGUACCCUGAGGGGAACCCACUGGUCACGGCCCUGGAGAAGACUAACGUGACUCUGAUCUGCACGGAGGACAGCUCCGUCCCACCCGCCGACACCACCUGGAGGAGGGGGUUGCAGCAGGUGGAGAUCAAGCCCGGCUCCAAGUACUCGGUGGUCGGGUCAGGCCCAGAACUCCGCCUGACCAUCUACAACUUGAGCAAGGAGGAUGAGGGCAUCUACUUCUGCCGAAGCGAGAACCCCCUGGCCGUCCGCGAGCUGGAGGUCUACCUGACCGUGAAGGCCUCAUCCACCUACACCGGGGCCAUUAUCGGCCUCUUCAUCGCACUGCUCGUCGUCGGCACCGGUGUCAUCACGGCUAAACUGGUGUACUGCAGUUCCGACCGGAUCUGUCUUGGAAAUGGCUUUGGGAGGAUGGAGGAAGACAGGGGAGACGUCAUAAGUCUGGUGGACUCUGAGGAAGAGGUCUUCGAGCAGACAGUACCUCGACUCCCCCCUGUGACAAACGGGCAUCACACCACCCACGCUGAGAUACACCCCGUUCCUGUUGGUGACGGCGAGGAUAUAGACUCCACUGAGACGAGUGCCCAGCAGAGAGAAAACAUUGUAGAAAUUGAAGAUCCGCUACAGUUAAUAAAGUUCUAAGACUGGCCGUUUUUUUAUAUCGCAUUUUUUUUUGGAUACAUUAACUCUUUAUGUGACUGUGAACAGAGAAACUGUACAAAAAGUAUUUUUAUUUUUUUUUACCUUUUCUUGUGAUUUGUGUGAGUGUAUUAAUUAUUGGUACGGUGGGUUGGUUAAUGUCUUCAAAUUGUAUUAUUAUUUUUUCAGGUUAAAAUUUGAUCUUUUUUAUUUUUCUGACAUCACUCUGACUCUCUAGUAAAUAAUACUAUCAAGUGAUAUAAUAUGAAUGGUGGGUACUUCCCACUAGGUUAGCUACAUUGUACUGUUGCGCCGUCUUUGUGUCUCUGACUGUCCGUCAAGUUGUAUCAUAUUCUAGACUACCAAUGUUCUUUUAAUUCAAUAGUUCUUCUGCUGGAGUCCUGUUUAUUCACAUUAUAUGUCCUACUGUCAGAACCUAGACACUUGCGGAGCUCUGUGCUCUACAGCGCACCUUUCCUAGAGCUAUGUGUAGGCUAAUUAUGUCAGACGUCAAAAUCGAUCAUUAAUUUAGCCAUUCAAAUACAUCAAACAAUAAAAUACAUCCUGAUCGUUUCCGA